AUGGAAGACGAUAUGAAUACUGAGCCCGUCGAUCAACGCGGCACCAAGCGCGCAGCAGAGGAAGAAGAGCCUCUGGAACCCCCUAAACCGAAGAAAAUCAAGGCUUUGGAUCCCGAUGUUGUAAAUAAAAUUGCCGCUGGAGAGAUUAUCGUUGCUCCAAUGCACGCACUGAAGGAGCUCAUCGAAAACGCCGUCGAUGCUGGCUCGACCUCAAUUGAAGUCCUGAUUAAGGAAGGUGGUUUGAAGCUACUCCAGAUUACAGAUAAUGGCCAUGGAAUUGAUCGAGAUGAUCUCCCUAUCCUAUGCGAGAGGUUUACUACAUCUAAGCUCAAGGAGUUUGAAGAUCUGACCUCAAUUGGAACAUACGGAUUCCGUGGUGAAGCUCUAGCUAGCAUCAGUCAUAUUGCACAUCUGACAGUUACAACGAAGACAGCUGGAUCUAGCUGUGCCUGGCGAGCACAUUACGGUGAUGGCAAGUUAAUACCGGCAAAGCCAGGCCAGAGUUCGGCACCCAAAGCAACGGCUGGCCGAGGAGGAACUCAAAUCACCGUCGAGGAUCUCUUCUAUAACGUCCCCACUCGGCGGCGAGCUUUCCGCUCGGCAAGCGAGGAAUAUGCCAAAAUUCUCGAUGUCGUUGGUCGAUACGCAGUGCAUUGCUCAGGGGUUGCUUUUUCAUGCCGCAAGCAUGGAGACUCUGGCGUGAGCAUCUCGACUCCAGCCAGCGCCAAUACUGUUGACCGGAUCCGCCAGAUUCAUGGCAGCGCCGUGGCUAACGAGCUUGUUGAAUUCAAAGCUCAGGAUACGAAGUUCGGAUUCCGCGCAUCUGGCCUCGCUACGAACGCCAACUACCAUGUCAAGAAGACAGUGAUUCUACUUUUCAUCAAUCACCGUGCAGUAGAGUCAACUGCUGUUAAGCGAGCAGUUGAACAGACCUACUCUUCCUUUUUACCCAAGGGCGGCCACCCUUUCGUCUAUCUUGAUCUCGAAGUCGAGCCCAACCGCGUCGACGUAAAUGUCCACCCGACAAAGCGCGAAGUAAACUUCCUAAACGAAGACGAGAUCAUCGAGCUCGUCUGCACUGAAAUCCGAUCCAAGCUAGCAGAGGUAGACUCAAGCCGCACAUUCCUAACACAAAGCCUCCUACCUGGCGUGCAGACUAUCGAGUCUCUACAGGCCGCCCCCUCCCACGAGGGAACAGCAGAUACAAGCAAAGCUGGAAAAACCCCCAAAACACCCGCAACAAAGAAACCCUACGAAAACAACCUCAUCCGAACGGACUCCAAAGUCCGCAAAAUAACAGCAAUGCUAGCCCCAGCCACAGCCUCACCCCGCGACCCAUCGAACCCAAACGCCCCCCAAGAACCCACCACCCCAGCAACCUCAAUCCUCGACAACGGCCUGCAAUACGAAACAACCGACCGGCAAGCACUAAAAAUCGCCCUCUCAUCCGUCAAAACCCUCCGAGCGACCGUCCGCUCCGAAAUGCACACCACGCUAACAGAAAUGUUCGCCUCACACACCUACGUCGGACUCGUCGACGAGCGCCGCCGCCUAGCAGCCAUCCAAUCAGGCGUGAAACUCUACCUAAUCGACUACGGCCUCGCAUGCCACGAAUUCUUCUACCAAGUGGGCCUAACCGACUUCGGCAACUUCGGAACAAUCCGACUAGAGCCCGCGCCGAAGUUAGUAGAUCUACUGAAAAUCGCCGCAGAAUCGGAACGGCAGGAACACUCCGAGUCGAGCGGGGAAGAGGCCGAUUCCAUCUUCGCCAAUGCGCCGGAGAUGAUCGCGCGCACGCUUGUCGAGCGGCGCGAGAUGCUGGAUGAGUAUUUUUCGCUGCAGAUCAGUGCGGACGGGGACUUGGUGGCGAUCCCGUUGCUGUUGAAGGGGUAUUUGCCUGCGCUGGCGAAAUUGCCGAGAUUUCUACUGAGGCUGGGGCCGUUUGUGGAUUGGGGGAGUGAGGAGGGCUGUUUUAGGACGUUUUUGCGUGAGUUGGCGGCUUUUUAUACGCCGGAGCAGCUGCCGGUUCCUUCGAAGGCUGGGGCUCAGGAGGCGUUGGGGGAGUCGGCUGGGCAGGGCUCUGGGGUCGGGGAUGAGGAUGCUUUCAUUGCGGCCCGUCGUGUGCAGAUGGCCCGCAUGUUGGAGUAUGCUGUUUUCCCUGCUUUGCGUGCGCGGCUGGUUGCCACGUCACGGCUGCUGCGGGGUGUGGUUGAGGUUGCAGAUCUCAAGGGGCUGUAUCGGGUGUUUGAGCGGUGCUGA